CUGCCAAAAUGGAUUCCGAGUACGACAAAAAGUUUGAGGAGAUGAAGCAGUACAUCCCGUUCCUGGAAAAAAUGAUCAAAAGACUGGAAAGUACAAGCAGUGGUUCUGUGAAUCCCAGGCAGGCUCAGCUUGAUAAAAUACGAUCUCUGAGAGAUCUCUUAUUGGAUAAGAAGAAAAGGAUGAAAAUGGACAACUUGUUAAAGUGUGAACAAGUUCUUAUUAAUUUGUACGCUAAAGUCGAACAGGGGGACACUUUACCAGGAAUUAAGCCCGCGUCUGAAGCCAUUGUUUCUACUGACAAGACGGACUUAAAUUUAGCUCGAAGUAAACUUAAAACUGUAACAGCGAAAUCUCAUGAUCCGGAUACACUGCCCGAAAUAGCGCGGGCUACCGAAACUGAAGUCGGAUGUUCUGGCACCAAAGAACCAGCAUUGUUCCAGCGGAGGCCAAAUAAGGGCUCACUAUCCCCGACUAAGAAUCCUUCCAGUGAGAAAUCGCCAUAUAAAUCUAGCUCUAAACGAAACUACACACGAGUUUUACAAUCCCCGGAACGAAGUGGAAGACAAAGACUCUGGUCACCAUCGGAGGGGCCUCCUCGUGAUGAAAAUCUAUUUAGUAGGAGAUCACCUCCAAGACCAUCACGUAGACACUCGCCUUCUUAUCAUAAACGUGAAAGAAAGAAAUCAUCCAAAGAAUCUCAUUCUCGCAAGUCUAAGGAUUUAAAUAUAACUUUAAAAGUCCCAGAAGAACGUUUGAAUUCUUUGAAUACAAAAGAUAUAUUAUCAAGGAUAAUUAAUUGCAGCGAACGUGAUGUUGAUAUUGCGACCCUACGUGAACUCAGAACGCAAAUACUUGGGGAAUUGCAACAGACGGGAGCAAAUGAAGACAUAUCAGACUUAAUUUUAAAGUCGUACAAGAAUAAAAAGAACAAAAAGAGCCAAUCGAAAAACAAAGUUGAUGUUGAAGAAGGAGAAUUAUCCGACAGUGAGAGUGAAGCCAUAGAAAACAUUUAUGGCAAUUUAGUUGUAGUUGAAAAAGACAAAACUAAAGAUGUGUCUUCUAACCAGAACAAAUCUAGCACGGAACAAGACCAAGUGUCUCGUAAAAUACAAAUUUGUCUUGUUAUAAAUUCGGAUAAAGAAGAAACGUCACUUGAAUCGAGCAGUAUUAAAAAUGCUACCGGUAACCAGAAAAUAUGUGACCUAACCGAUUUCGAAAUGUUCGAUGACAAUAAUUGUGGUACCAAAGAAACCGAUCCUAUUAGACCGAAACCACGUGAACCAGCCUACUCUACAAAAAAUAAAGAUGUAGUCGAAUCCGCUAGCCAAAAAACAAGUACAUCAUUGUCACCAGUAAAAACGAACGAUAUUAAUUCCACAGAUAUAAUUUCUAUCAAUGAUGUUGAUAUUGAAAAGGACGGGAAAGUAAAUUACACUGGUAAUAUAGAUAUGAAUAACUUUGAUAUACAGGACAAUUCAAAUAUUAGUUCUUUAAAUGAGGAUCCUAAAUCUGCACCGGAACCAGUUCCUGCUCCUUUCAAAGUCAAUUUCUACAAUUCUAACAAUUCCGAUUCUACUGAAAUUAAUGCAGCAGCUCUCAAUGCCGAAAAUUCGAAAGAAAAAUCUUCAGGUGUAUCUAAGGAUAAACUUUCAGAACCCAAGCAAUCUCUUGAUAAGCCGGAAGUGGUACUGUCACCAUCUAAAGACAAAGGUCAGGUAGAGUCCAUGGAAAAGAAUAAUGAAAUUACAAAAAGUACAACUAAUGACGUUAUUACGACAAGUACACCCAGUACGGAAUCUAUGCCGAAGCCGGACCCUGAAAUUCCUUUACUGAAUGAGCCUACAGUACAGCCUGCAAAGAAAGAUAUAGUAUCUGAAAUCGAUAUUUUACAAGCAUUGAAAAACGAGAUAUUAAGUGAUACCAUAUCCCUACCUUGUGCUGAAGCUAUAACACCAGCUUUGCAUCAGCCAAAGGUUACUAAAGUUUCUAAUGCGCAGGAGGAACUUCCGAAAAAGAGAAUUUCGAUAGAAAACUAUAAGAAAAAGUCGGUGCCUACAAAUAAACCUUCACUUUUUGUAAAAAACCCUAGGACUUCGUCAGAGUCGAAAAAAGAAGCCAUGAAACUACAAUCUUUGAAAUUAACUGAGAAAGAAGUCGAAAGGUUUAAUUUGAUCUCUAAAAUAGCACUAAGCGACGACUCUGACGACGAAAGAGAUACAGGCUUAAAAUCGCCCGACGAUAUGGACCUUGCUCCAAAGUCCCCUGAUAUGGAUAUAACCGACGAUACACCUGUAUCCCCACCUGUUAUAAUACCUGCAGAUCCUGUGAAAAUGGUUGUUGUAAACGCAAAGGCUGAUGUUGAUAUGCGACAAUUACCCCCGAUAAUGUCUCCAGAUACGAUGAGCCCGUUCGCGCCGUCGACUCCAAUUCAAACUAAGAGCGAUGUUAAUCUCGAGGGACGAAAACCUGUGGAUAAACCAGAAGUAAAAAAGCCUGUAGCUCCAGUAGAUCCACGAGUCAGAAAGGAUGCUUUGCUACCUACGCCUCCUGUUGCCUACCCUAAUAUGACUCCAUCCCGAAAUCCUAGCGUAGCACCCAAUAUGACACCAAAUAGGGCGCCGAAUAUGACACCAAGCAGAACACCGAAUAUGACCCCUAAUUCUAGGACAUUCGAUUUCAAUCCAAAUCGUCCAUUCAAUGCCGAUGACAAUGGUCGCAAGCACGUGUAUGCACCCAUGUAUUCAGCUCAAGAACACUCCGGGCGAAGUCCCGCCGAUAUAUCUAACUGGGAAAUGUCGAAUGCUGAUAGAGAAACCAAUUCUGGUACAAAAUGGGAAGAUCGAAACUCGAGAAGCAAUCGUCCACAAAGAGAAGACGGACCGAGGUCGCGUUAUAACGAUUCUAAUUACGACAUGGGUUCGAACCGCUCUAGAAAUGAUAGAAGUAGUAGAGAUGAAUAUCACAGACAGGAAGGUCCACAGCAGUCAAACUAUUAUUCAAGAUCCGACUGUCCAAGUACUCCUACACCUUCAUUUGGCAGAGGCGAUGCUCCUUCAACCCCGUCUCAUUACUUUGGCAGAUCGGAGUGUCCACGGACACCGAGUCAUCCAUUUGGUAGAUCCGAAUCUUCCAAUCACUCAUUUGGAAUGUCAGACUCUCCACGUACACCGAGUCACCCAUUUGGACGUUCAGAGGCUCCUAUGACGCCAAGUCAUCCUUUCGGAAGAUCUGACGCACCUAUGACGCCAAGUCACCCCUUUGGAAGAUCAGAAGCGCCUUUGACUCCCAGUCAUCCAUUUGGAAGGUCUGAAGCGCCUAUGACGCCCAGUCACCCGUUCGGACGAUCUGAUUACUCAUAUCCAAAUCCGAGCCCAAAAUACGGAAAAAGUCCGCAUGAUCCGAGAUUGAAUCGAAACUACGAUAAUGAAUCAAAUAGUAGUAGAAAAGAUACUGGAUCUUAUAAUGAUCGUAAUAGAUAUCAUAGAAACGAUCCGAGAAACUUUAAUAGAGAACAAAGUGUGCCCAGAAACGAGCCAAAACCUUAUACUCCAGACCAGACUUAUAGAAGAGAUCAAAUGUCACGACGCGAACCUAGUGUUGGACGCGCAAUGCCAUGUGAAAAUGAUAGAGAACGCUUGUACUCAAGAGAUAGAAGUCGCGGUCCUGAUAAUUCUAGGACCUAUGCUGAGGUAGGUUCGAGACGCACAUUCCAACGUGAGCCUAGUGCCGGCCGGUCUAUGCCUGACAACCGCGCGAGAGCGUCCAGUGUCGGAAGAAGUGUUAGAAAUGAAUUGUCAGUCGAAUCACACGCGGGACGUGCAUUUACAAUUGACACAAGCGUUAAUAGCACUUUUCAGAAAUUCCUUGACUCGCACAGAAGUAACGAUUGUAAUCUUGAUGCCCGCAGACAACGCGCUUCGAGCGUAGGACGAUCUUUGAUCCGUGAGCCCAGUGUAGGUCGAACUUUGCCGGGUAAUUCUUUCCUUAGAAUGGAAGACAAUAACAGAGAUAGAUUUAAGAGAGCUCAAAGUGUAGGUAGAGAAUUAUCUACUUCAAGACCUGAAAAGAGCUUUAAAGAUGUGAAAGCGGAAUUCGAGUCGUACAGGAAUAACGACCGUAAAUGGAAUAAAGAUUCACAGCCAACAAAGCCUAAAGAGAGCACAAAUUCUCGUGAUCCUCGUAUUCGAAGGGACAGCUAUGAUAUACAACCGAAUACUAAGCAUAGUUUGAACAAAACACAAGGCAGAGAAACCUAUGAUAAGACGAAAAAGUUUAACUACAGGGACCCCAGACAGCGCAAAGAGCAGAAACUGAAUGAGAGGUCUAGUUACCAGUAUGAUAGAAAACGCGCGGAAUCCCGCGACAGACACAGUUACGGUAUUUCAAGUGAUACUGGAAUCAAAGCUCCGACCAUCAGUUCAGUAAAAAAUUUCAAAAUUCCGAAAAUAAAACGACCUGAACCUGAUCCAGAACCGACCGAUGUCACUCAAGACGUACCCGACAAAAUCAAUGUUAAGAAAUCAUCCUCGUCAUCGGCAGUGAAAGACGUAAAACAAAAAACCACUGUAGAGGUCAAGGUUGAUAAAAAAAUAAAAGAGGGUAAAAAGAAAUCCGACCAAGUGGCCAACAAAAAGAAAGACAAUAAUAAAAAUACUGUAACUGCCAAGACUAAUAAAAAGGCGGAUAAUGACGAGAAAAAUGAUAUGAACACAAAGUCUGAAAAACGGGUUACAAGACGGUCUGGGCGAAAGAACGAGGAAACUCAGUCAUCUGUGCCAUCAGAAGAAGAGAUUAUUCAAACACGUCCGCGCAGAAUCAAGAAAGUAAUUUAUGAUUCUGAUUCUGAUGAAUCAGUAGGCAAAACCAACGUUCUUAGUAAAAAUGCUUCUCCUAAAAAGUAUUCGGCUAAAACUAAUAGAAAUUCUGUACAGUUCGACAAAAAUGAUGUACCCCAAGAGGAAAGUACUGAAAAGGCAAUUCAGGAAAAUCCCAAUAAAAGCGAGAGUUCAAAUGAAGUCAUCGAACCUGAAGAUGAUAAAGAGAAGCUGGAUAGUACUUUUGGUCUUGAUGGAAUGGAUCUCUUUCCCGAUAGUAUUAUCAGCGAUCCUGUUCUAGACAAUAUCAAUUCACUUAUAGCAGAUCUAGACAAUGACCUAGCUACUUCUAAAACCGGAGAGACGUGUAAUGACCUCUUCAAUGAUAUUAGCAUCGAAAAUAUGUUAGAAAAAAUGACUAGCAGUCCACUUAAGAAAGAAACUAAAAAAACAAUAGAAGAAAACGCUGUAAUGAAAGAUCCUUUCGAUACUCUUAAAACUGAAACUAAUAAAAUCGAGUGUGAAAAGAAUGAUCUGUUCGAUACUCUUAAAACUGAAAUGAAAAAAACCGAGUGUGAAAAGUCUGUGAACAUCGUUGGUGAUAAGAAAGAAGGAAGUUCUAAUCAAACUACUGACGAGCACACCGGCCGGUCUGGUUUGAUUCCGGGGCAGACAGAAUCGCCAAGUGAUUCUCAACCCAAAAUUAUAAGUCAAAUGCAGGAUAAAAAUGAUAUUGAACCCGUCGUGUCCACAUCAGUAAAUGAAGAAGAAUCUUCUAAGAAUAACCAAAGCUCUGAAAAUGAGAAAAACCUGGAUGGUCAGUCGACGCCAGAUAGCACGAAUGAAGCCGAAAAUAUGAGUCAAAACUACUCUGAACCAACAGGAGACAAACCAGACAGUACUAUUGAAAAACAAUGUGAAAUGAAUUCUGAUAUUACAUCUACUCAUGAUGCGGAGAACAAGCCAGCCAAAGAGAAUAUCGAGAUUCCUAAGGAGCCCGCUUCACAAAUGGACUCCAUUGGCAGUCUGCUGUCAAUCUUACAAGACAAGUCAAAAAUAAAAGAAUUGCUUAGUAUGCUUGGAGAUCAAUCUGGCGAAAAUGAGAAAAUUAAAAAGAAGCUUGAGAAACUAAGUGAAAUUGUUUCUGAUGAAGAAGAUACAAAUUAUGAUAAAAUUGAGGACACAACAAGCAUUAAGACUUCAGAAAAUAAAAAUGAAAUGGAACAAGUUGAGCAAGAUAACGCAGAGGAUGUAACAAAACAAAAACCAAUAGAUGAUACAAUUCUAAAACAGGACGAUGCUGAGUCUGAUAAACCCAAAGAAACAGAGACAUGCAAGAUGGCAGAUAGCGAGCCAAAUAAUCAGACAGAUAUUGAAAAUAAAGAAAAAACGAUAGCAAGUGUUGAUAACUUAUCCGGAAAUGUGAGUGAAGAUAAAACUGUGACAAUCCAAGGAGUAACUGAUUCAGCAGAAAAUAAUCAAGAUCUUGAACAAAAAGAUGAUUCGAAUGAUGCCUUAAACGACGCUAAUUCUGGACUGGAAGACAAUGAGGAAGAGGGCGUUAAAAAACCAGAUAACAUAAAAACCCGAAAAAAGGUUGUAAGGAAAGGACAAAAGCGAUUUAAAGCUGGUAAGUUUAAAAAGGGUAAGCCAGUCAAGAGAGUUGAUGAGGAAAAACGCGUGACUCGCUCUGAAGCCGCUGGAUUACUGAUGAAGCCUAAACAGAAAAAACCCUCAAGAGAACUGAGACAAUUGCAGGAAUCUAUUAAGGAAAUGUUUGUGAGUGAUGCAAUGUUGAAUGCUACUGGUAUACGGAUGUGUCGUCUAGCUAAAAUGAUAGACGAAAAAACUGAAAAGAGCGACGACCUAGAAUUUAGCCAGCCCGAAGUCAGUCACUCAGAACUAAGCAAACCAGAACCCAGAGUUGUUUUAGAAAAGGUCAAACACAUCGAAGACAACGAAACUGUUAUAGAGAAGCCGAUGCGUAAGAAACCUGGACCGAAGCCUAAAGCGAAACCUGCCAUUGUUAGCCCGGACGAGAAAAAGAAUAAAGAUGAGAAACCUGUAGUGAAAUACAAACCUGGCCCUAAAUCCAAGACGAAAAUUCCGCAGACAGAUAAUGAUCCUUACGAUUUCGAAACAGACUCCAUAAACGAAAGUAAAUCGAGCGAGAAAGGUGUAGAUAGUGGUUCUGACUCUGAAAAUGAAUCAUUGGCAUCUUCAAAGAGUUUUGGCAGCACAGAGUUGCUAGUAGAAUUAAAGAAAAAACCAAAACGCAAGAGAGGUGGAUGGCAAUCUGGUGUUAUUAAACCUAAAAAGAAGAGGAAAGUUGAAGUAAAGCGCGCUCAGUCGCCGCCUCCGAAACCAGCUCCCCCGUUAAAACGAUCUUAUACGAUACCAGAUUAUGGUUGCUUCACUGAUAAAAACUAUUGCUUCUCUAAGAAUGCUUCCGAAUACCAGUGCCGUUUGUGUGAAUCAACACAUAGUUGGAAAGACAUAGUGUUCCAUUAUAAAAAGCAUCAUCCGCAUUCUGAAAUCCCACUUUCCCGUAUGAGCCCAGAUAUAGCGAGAGAAGCCAUCGAGCAGUGUGGAGACAUCGACUUUGCUGCGAUCAGUAAAAUACCCACCGAGAAAUAUACUUGCAGGUUUUGUUUCAUAGAGUUUGGUAAAAGGAGGGCCGUAUUAGAAUCAUUCUUCUGGCACGUAGUUAGUAUGCAUACAGGCGAAUACAAGCAAUUAUGUUCUGAAUGUAUAAAUGUAGAGAAGUGCCCAUUUAACUUGGAUAUUCCACCUCCACCGAAGGACAUUAAAGGUCAACUCAUAGGAUAUAUUUGUGGCAAAUGCAAUUACACCCAGAUAUCCCUCGAGAACCUAAAAAUGCACGUUAUUCAUCGUCAUAAUGAUACAGAAACGGAGGUAUACAGCAUAAACUUCGCUGUAAUGACAAAGAGUACUAUCAACAGUCUAAUUAAACGCAUAGCGCAUGUGGAAGGCACACCUCGAACCACAAGGAGCACGCGAUCAAACCUGAGUUAUACUGAAGCCAGUGACGACAGAAGCGAAAUAACAGAAAGCGAGCUUGAGGCGGCGCGGCCCGCAAAGAAAUCUGACGUACCAGUGGCGGAAAAACCUAAAAGGUACUCAUUUAAUUCGAAGAUUUCCUUUGAAAAUGAUGAUAAUGCGAGCGACAUGUCCAAUUUUGCCAACACGGAUUCCAGUGUGGUUAAAGCCGAACAAGAUGAGGACGACGAUAUGGAUGAUUUCGCAGAAGACUCUGCAGUCAACGAAGAUACUGAUCAGAUCGAUGAGAACCAGGGAGUUUCCAGUGAUAUAAUGGAUUACCCGCAUUUCAAAAUAAACUAUACAGAUGCUGGCAACAAAGAGUACGUUUGCUGUAUUAAUGGCAAGGACAAUCAUUAUAAGACGGGUCUAUUAAUAUCCAUGAAGAAGCAUGUGCAGCUCAAGCACUCUGAAAUCUGGGACGGCUACUGUUUUGUGUGCAAAGUCAUCGUGACGUCACAAGGUGAACACAAAUUCAGCGAGUGCUUAACGCACUACCUGGACAGCCAUAUCGAUAACUUCCCCGUUCUUGAAAAAGUUGUAGAACCUGUUGAAAAGCAUGUGACUCCUGCAGCGACACCUGAACCCAUAGAGAGAGCACCGACACCCUACAUCAACGUUCGACCGUUGGCAGAAUUGGUUAACCCCGUCGAACCGGCUGUGGAAGCGCCAGUGUUGCCUGUUAUAGAAACCGUCGUCAGCCUUCUACCAGUCGCGCCACCAACGGUAGAACCGCCACGUCCUAGCCCGACUUACCCAGUAAUUAGAAAAGAGACUGAACCGCCCAAAGAGUACAAAUACGAAGAAGCUCAAGCGGAAAUCAUGUCCAAAAAGCACAGAGUCGUUCUCGACGCCAUGAUGACUCCAGGCAAAUUAGUUCAGAUCUUUAAAUGCGCCGGUCGCUUCUGCUCCUUCACUACGGACUCUGCUGAAGACGCGUUGUUACACGCAUCGACUCACCAGCGAGUCGGCGGGACGAACGCAUUGCUGUGCGCAUAUUGUGACUUCGAUUCAUCUGGGAACUCUAUAGACUUGGUGUCUCAUGUUUUCAAGACCCACGGGAAGUGCAGAGUGGUUUGUGGGCUAUGUUUCUACCGGGGAGCGGUGAGCCAGCUGGUCGCGUCGCAUAUAAUCCGGGUGCAUGGGUCGACGCCUGAUCGCCGCUGCGUGCUGAAGACCACCAGCGCACCGGCGCUCUGCGAACCCCCUGAGGAAAAUAUGUCACGGGAUAGUGCUGUUCCGCUCUACGUUUGUAAACAAACUGAAAACAACGAGCCAUGUGGAUUUAAAACCGUGACACACGCCAAGUUUUGGGAGCAUCUAACACAAAGACACGAAAACGCCCCUGGAUUCAUCUGCUACGUCUGCAGGGAUUCGUGUCCCGACGCUACAGCUCUAAUACUCCAUCUGAAGACUCACGGCAUGAGGUUGUACCACUGCACUCUGUGCGUGCACGGAGCGGACAACGAACCCGAGCUGCUGGCACAUGCGUCUGCCAAGCAUCCGGGCAAGAACCCGCAGGCUUACAUCAGGACUAUUCUGGGCAUGGGCGGGAACUUAAAGAUCUUGCCUCUGGUAGAACUCAAGAAGGCUGCCCUAGAUCCUGAGAGUAUAACACCCAACCAGGGCAAAGAGAACCCAGUGAAAGAGGCUGAGCGGUCCAUCGAGCUGGAAAAACUCAUCGGUCCCCUGCUUGACAUGCCUACCACUGAACCAGAGAAGGAGCCUGAAGCCGCCACACCUAUUUCAGAAGUCCUGCCAGAAGAUAACAUCGUGGACGACGCUAUCUCGAACCUUCUGGAGGACCCGGCCACAGCAGCCAUGGCUACUUUAAUACCAGUGCCUCCAAAUCUGCCACUCACAGUUGAAGCUCCGCCAAGACCUGUCACGCCAGCUCCAGAAACCAAUAUAUCAAAGCAGCUAACCCCAGUCCUGAAAGAAGAACCCAUGGAUACCACACCGGAGAAGAAUGAUUCGGACGUGAUCUGCCUGGACAGCGACGAGGAAGAUUCCAAACGAGGCAUCAUCAAUCUUUCAGAUGGAAUCAUUAAUUUAUCGGAUGACGAAAAGGUCGUCGAUGAACAAAACCCUUCAACAUCAGCACAAGCUGGCAAUGACCCAUCAAAUAUCUUCAGAUGCAGGAAAUGUAAUAGGGUCUCGAAAUCCUUUGCCGGCUUCAAGAAACAUUCUUAUCAUUGCUGGAAGGCAGGCGAAAAGUGUAAAUGUGCUCUCUGUCCCUUCGAGGCGGGCAAAGUUGGCCCUUUCCUGAAACACCACAACGAGUCCCACAACACCCCUGCCCGUUUAAAAUGCCCGAUGUGCCCCCAUACAGAUGGCUCCAUGUAUCUGCUCAAGAAACAUCUAAGAGUGGCCCACGAUGUUGGGAUUCGGGACGCUUUCGGGACCGACAGUCAAUACGUCCUCGCAAAGAAAGACACGGGUAAAGCCAAAGCUGUAAAGCGCAAAUCGUCGGGCACAGCCGUCGGGCCUCAGCCCAAGCAGAAGCGGUAUGGACCUUCGGAUAUAGACAAGCUUCCUAUAAACCCUAUACUGGACGAAUCUGUUUUCUGCGAUAUAUGCGAGUUUAACACUAAAGUCCGUUUGAACAUGGUGAGGCAUCUACAACAACAUGCAACACAACAACCCGUCGCACAGACGGCACCAGUCAACCCGGUGCCGCAUUUAGAAACCAACGAGUUCCACUUUGACAAGAUGGUCAACCUGGCUUCCAGUUCGAUAGCGAAUAGAGCCCCUGAGAAAUCUCAAAAAGAACCGACUCCUACACUCAUGAUACCCCAUGAUAAGGCGUCUAGGCUUCCGCGAUAUGUGCCUGAACGAUACCGAUUUACUUGCGGUGCGACCGGCUGCACAUACAUCUCCGUAGACGAAGCCAUGUUGAAAUACCACUGGGAAACUCUACACUCCGGAACAAAUGAUUACCACUGUGUCCACUGCCCACCGCACCAAUCCUUGGACAAAUCUAGACCUUUAACAGCAUCAAGGAUUAUAGCUCAUCUGAAAAUGCAUGACAUACGUUUAUAUGCAUGCUCUGUGUGUCCAUACUACCAUUAUAAAAGACAACUUUUGGAAAAGCAUUUGGCCGAGACGCACAAUAGCGGUAACGUGCUAGUAGUUAGGGAGGAGAGUUCCCAGUCCGCCCCUACUGCCCCCACGACUGCGCCAACCAUGGACCUGAAACCUUGGCAAUGCGGCCUGUGCAAGUUCAAGAGCAUGCUCCGACCUGAGGUCGCCGACCACUGUUCUAAAAUGCAUCAGUCCAAAAUGCAAUACAAGUGCGCUUACUGCCCAUUCAGGACAUCAACUCCGGAGAAUGUUACUAAACAUCAAACAACUGCACAUCCAAAUAGGGAGCCUGAAAUAUUCCACUUCUACUACAGAGAAGGCAGCAUUCCUAAUGGUCCAGAUGGAAUGCCCCAUUGGCAGAAGCAAAGACAGAAGACCGGUUUGGAUACAGUGAAGGCUGAGGCUGAUCCGCCACCAGCACCAACUGACACAAUUCUUCCUGAAAUUCAGCCUCCGACUGCUCAAGUGAACCUCAACUUGGUGAAACAGGAGAUUGACCCCGAUGCUCCCAUGCAGGCCUCGAUAGAGGAGUUAUGUAAGAAAUACGGAGAGUUCUGUGAGCCCAAUGGUCUGAACUACAAGUGUUCUUUGUGUAAAGUUGUUGUCGAGGACAGUAAGGAAGCUAUGGAGUCCCACUUGUAUGAAGAGCUUCAGUACAGGAAAUGGGGUUGCCGCCUAUGUUCAUACAAAGCGUUCCAUCAAACUGGACUGAAAGAACACGUGUGGUCGGAACACAACAGGCACAACGUGGAACCCCUUGAGCUAGCCGUCGACGUCAACGUUGAAUCCUGGGUCUCCCAGCAACUAGUCUACCAAGAAGAUCUCGUCAAGAAAAACCGGGACAAACUAGCUCAACAGAAAAUGCAAGAUGAACGCCCUGUAGUUCCAACUACUUCUAAAACAGUAGAAGUUCAAAACACAAACAACCUCAGUAUGGAGAAAUUAGAGAAAAUCUUCGGGUCUCUUGGGGUACCGAUCAACAUGCAGUAUUGCUGCCCAAAAUGCCUGUUCAAAACGGCCGAUGAUAAAAUAAUUCAGGAGCAUUUAGAGGCAGAAUUGACCAGAAUAAGAUGGUGCUGUAGCAACUGCCCCAACCACUUCUCCACCUACCACGAGGCGCAGUUCCAUUGCAAGAGUGUCCACCCCGGCCUGAACGCACGCCCUAUAGAGGCCGCUAGAGACCCCGCCAUACGCUCCGCCUGGGUCGCCGCAGUCAUCAGAGUCCAAAAACUCAGCAUGAACUGCAUGCCGGUCACCGUCAUCUCUGAACCUCAAAGCCAAGAAGAAACUAACGAUGACGAAAACUCCCUACUUGAAAUAAGAUAUGAGGAAGAUGUCCCGAUCCCCGAUGAAGGAAAUCCGACACAAAGACGCUUUUCAGACAGUAGCGAUGAAGACAGUCUAGUCAUAGACGAACAGGCAGCUAAGAAAUCUGGUUCUGGUGGCAAAUGCGACCACUGUGACUUCUCAACCAAAUACACACACGUUUUAGACGCUCACACGCUUCGCCAUUACAAUCUAAAACCAUUCACUUGCUCUUACUGCAAUUAUAACAACUAUAACAAAAUUGUGCACCAACAUAUGAGCACAGCACACCCUAAUCAACCACAAGUGCUCAAAAAAACUGAGAAACCGACCGGACCACCUUUAAACCUAAACUUAACUAAACUGGGGAAAAAACCAGGGUCCGCUAAAAAGCCAGAGGACGCUAAUUUAGUGUGUUUAAUUUGUGAAAAGUUGCUAACUGAAGCCGAUUCAAAAACCCAUAUCCAUGAUCAAAAUUCGCCAGUGUUCGCCAGAAGAGGUGACAUAGUUGUGAAGUGCAGUGAGUGUUUAAAACUAUUCCUAGACGUCGUUAAUAUGCAGCAGCAUUUCACGCUCACACAUCCAGAUAUGCCGAUCAAGUACGCUUACUACAAGACAGAUCACGAUACUCGAAGUUUCGUCUACUGUUCGCAUUGUAACCAGAGAUUCACAUACAUGAUUGACUUGAAAGCUCAUCAUAAUCAAGUGCACAGUGCUUUGAAAUUGAAAUACACGAAAUUCGUGCCUGGUGAUGAGGGCGAAAGUGUCUUAAAAGCGUUAUAGGCCAGGAUUAGAAAAUUCGAGUCUUGGUAUUGCGAGA